AUGGCUGUGCUCGCUCUCUGCCUCCUAUGGGCCUUAACAUCAGCAGUGCGGCCUGCCCCAGCGGCUCCUCUGGGUGGUCCAGAGCCAGCUCAAUAUGAAGAGCUGACCCUGCUUUUUCAUGGGGCUUUACAGCUAGGUCAGGCCCUCAACAGUGUGUACAGAGCCACAGAGGCACGUCUGACAGAAGCUGGGCACAGCCUGGGCCUCUUUGACAGAGCACUGGGACUCCUGGGAACAGAGGUCAGGCAUGGCCGGGAUGCAACACAGGAGCUUCGCACCAGCUUGUCGGAGAUUCAGGUUGAAGAGGAUGCUUUACACCUUGGUGCAGAGGCCACGGCCCGAUCGCUCGGGGAAGCGGCCCGCACCCAGCAAGCUCUGCGAGACACUGUGCGGAGACUGCAAGUCCAGCUGAGAAGUGCCUGGCUGGGCCAAGCCCACCAAGAAUUUGAGACCUUAAAGGCUCGAGCCGACAAGCAGAGCCACCUUUUAUGGGUGCUCACAGGCCACGUGCAGCGACAGCAUCGGGAGAUAAUAGAGCAACAGCGGUGGCUGCGGCAGAUCCAGGAGAGACUCCACACGGCAGCCCUCCCGGCCUGAGACUACCUGGAUGUGCUGCGAGAAUAUUGAAUGUGAGCCACAAGGGCCCUGAGCAGGGCAGACAGGGCUGGCUGCCCGCCGCUGGGCUUGGUCAGUGCACCCCGAUUCCUGACACAGAGC